CAUUACAUAUACAAAGAUUUCUUUUCACUUCCUUGAGUAAUGGUCCAUUAAGUGAUUUAGAGUCCUAAAACCUUGGGAAUUUCUACGCACUCGCUCACUUGCGUCCGCUUCUCCAGCUUUCUGAUAUUGAUUUUCAUCUGUGCACUUUUCUUCCUUGCAGAUAUCUUGAGGUUUCAGAGCUGUGAGCAUGUAGGAGUGGUUUUGGUGUUGGUUUGAUGGGAGUAUGACAACUCCUUCUCACACUUUGAACUAUCCUUUUCACAAAUUGGCUCCUGUAGAUACACAUAAAACCCUCUACAAGACGAGGUGGAAUCAGGGUUUCGCUGCUCUUUCCCCAGUUCUCUUACACGCAGAAAGUGGGAAGUUUCCGAAGUAUAAGACGAAUUCCGGUUUGAUUAAGGCUUGCAGCGAUUCUUUCCUGGGUGUACCCAAUACAAUUGGUAUAAUUGGAGGGGUAUCUGUUGAUUCUACUGUAUAUUUUUUGAAAAAACUAGUUCACUGGAGUAAGAAUGGAGAAGGUUGUCCUCCUUUUGUUCUAUGCUGUGAUCCUGUGUUAAAUAAAGAGCUGUCAUUGAUACAAAGAAGCUCAGCUCCUUUGCUUAACAAUAAAUAUGAACGAACUACACGAGAUCCUACUUCAGUUGUGGAGAAUCUGAGGAAUAAGAGGAUUUAUCUUGAACAUUCUGGAGCUUGUUGCAUAGUAAUGCCUUGUCAUAUGUCACAUUCUUGGCAUAAUGAAAUUUCUGAGGGAUGUUCUGUUCCUUUCCUCCAUAUGGGUGAGUGUGUUGUCAAGGAGCUCAAGGAAGCGAAGUUGAGGCCGCUUGAAGCUGGGAGUCCUUUGCGGAUUGGAUUGCUUGCUACUAAAGCAAUUUUGACAGCAGGAUUCUAUCAGGAGAAAUUGAAAAGCGAGGGGUUUGAGGUUGUGUUGCCAGAUGAAGCGACCAUGGAACACACUAUCAUCCCUGCUAUUGAAGCUUUAAACAGAAAAGACAUAGAGGGAUCACAGAAUCUUUUGAGGAUUGCACUCCAGGUUCUUCUAGUGAGGGCUGUGAACUCUGUAAUUCUUGCCUCUGAUGAUAUCCGGGAUCUUCUUCCCCAGGAUGAUCCUCUUCUUGAGAAAUGCAUUGAUCCUAUGGAUGCAUUGGCUCGGUCAACCAUAAAAUUGGCUACAUCUGUUGAAAAUGUUAAAAGGAGUGUAGUCAGGAAAGAACUUCAGAAGAAGUGAAGAUCUACCUCAUUGUCAUUGAAAUUCAUAAUCUAUCAACCAUGAGUCUGGUGAAACAUGGUAUUUGACCACAUUGCUGCAAGACGAUACUGAGAAUCCUUGCUCUAGGUAAUGUGGCAUUCAUGCUAGCUAAGGCCUUUAAUUCAACUCUUUAAUUAAUGUUCAUGACAAAUUGUGGUAUUGUAAUGAAACAAGAUUUGAAACUC